GCGACGCGCAACCUACAACAGGCAUGCGCCAGAUACAACGUUGUUGUGGUCGUCCGUCGACUGCGUGGUAAGUUGGCGUUCACUUCAUGUACUUCUUGUCAGGCAAGCUGAGUAUCUGCGGAGUUUCGAGCUUACAGAGUCGGGGGAGCUGAGUGCGGUGAGUCCGGGGCUGGAGCUGCGCGCUGAGCGGAUCCGCUUCCUCCUUCUGUUUGACGGCUGUGGGCGUGCGGACGGGGAGACUGCCAUGUAGCUGAGGCAGAAGAAUGAGCAGUCAGCGCACUUCAGCGGACGGGACAGACGACUACGCGGUUCAGCAGGAAAAUGAACUAGAAGCCCUCGCGUCUAUUUUUGAAGAUGAUUUCAAGGAUCUGCGGAGCAACGACCCCUGGAAGGUUAAAAGGCCACCAGAGGUGUACGUCUGUCUGCGGCCCAAUGGGCUAAACAACGGACAGGAGUGUUACGUGACCGUGGACCUGCAUGUCAAAUGUCCUCCCACGUAUCCGGACGUGCCUCCAGAACUGGAGCUGAAGAAUGCCAAAGGCCUUUCAAACGACAACCUCAAAAAUCUGCAAGCUGAACUCAACAAGCUGGCGGCGGAACAAUGCGGAGAGGUGAUGAUUUACCAGCUAGCGGAUCACAUUCAGGGUUUCCUGAGCGAACACAACAAGCCUCCGUCGCGCUCCUUCCACGAGGAGAUGCUGAAGAACCAGCGGAGGCAGCAGGAGAAACUAGCGCUGGAGGAGCAGCAGAGAAUGGACCAACGACGCAAGCAGGAGGAGGAGAUGGAAAAAGAAAUCAUGGCUGAAAUCCAAAGGAGAGAAGAGGAAAAGCGAGAGGAAAAGAGAAGAAAGGAAAUGGCUAAACAGGAGCGACUCGGGAGCAUGGAGCAUUCGAUGUCUGUGAUGGGGAAGAGUCCACCCAGCCCAGGAGGCGCAGCUCCCGAACUGUUUGAAGCCAAGAAAGCAGCUGGCAAUCGCCGUCGGACUACCUCAAAUUCCCGCCACAGCAGACGGGACACGGUUAAUGAGGACAACAGUCGCCCGCAGGAGGUUCUUCACUUCAGCAGCAAUGUUUUUGGAGAGCUUGCUGUGCACCAAGGGAAAAGCUUAGGUGUAAGUGAACGGUUCGGUCGUAACAUUUAUUGCGGGUUUGAGGUGAACUCUGGCGAUUUUGCUGUGAUCUAUGAGUGGUCGUUGCAGUGGAACAAAAAGAUGAGCAAGUUCUUCACCACCCAGGAGAGAGGAAGGAUUGAAAACUGUAAAAAACAGAUCCAUGCAGCAGAAAAUGAGUUUAACUCCCUGCUGCGGCUGGAGCACCCAAACUUGGUGCAAUACUUGGGGCUGAGCGUGGUCGAGAAGGAGGAAUGCAUCGUGGUUUACAUGCUGGUGGAGCACGUGGCCGGGAACAGCUUGAACCAAAGCCUGACCGCCCACGGCCCGGUCCCUCUGGAUAAGCUCUGCCACUACACGGCCCAGCUGCUGACCGCUCUCGACUAUCUGCACUCCAACUCCGUGGUCCACAAACAGCUGGGGCCCUCCAGCGUGCUGGUGGACUCCGAGGGGAACAUUCGAGUGACCGAUUACAGUUUAUCAAAGAGGUUUGCUGACAUCUGCAAAGAAGACAUUUUCGAACAAGCUCGCGUGCGUUUCUCCGAGGAAACGGCGAUGCCAACGAGAACGGGCAAGAAAGGCGACGUGUGGAACCUGGGACUGAUGCUGCUGGCGCUGAGUCAAGGCAAGGAAGUGAAGGAGUAUCCGGUGACAGUGCCGAGUAGCCUGCCUGCUGAUUUUCAGGAUUUCCUUCAGAAGUGUUUAUGUCUGAAUGAUACUGAGCGCUGGACAGCUCAGCAGCUCUUGGACCAUUCUUUCCUCAAGCCUUCCUCGCCUAAGCACCUUUCACAGUACCAGGACAACAGCCCAGAAGAUCUAGCUGUGGACUUUGCGUCAUCAGUCAUCCCCCGGAGUCACAUCCUCAAUGCUCCUUUCAGUUCGGUCUUGCAGCACAGGCAGAUUUCUCGGUUUGUCUCCGAGUUUGAGGAGCUGCAGCUUCUGGGAAAAGGAGCUUUCGGUGCUGUAAUUAAAGUUCAGAACAAACUAGACGGUUGUUACUACGCGGUGAAACGCAUCCAGGUGAACCCAGCCAGUAAGCAGUUCCGACGGAUCAAAGGCGAGGUGACGCUGCUGUCGCGGCUGAACCACGAGAAUAUCGUCCGUUAUUACAACGCGUGGAUCGAGAGGCACGAAUUGCCCGCCACAGGUGUGCUGAGCAACACCGACAGCUCCGAGCCGCUGAGCUCAGCCGACAAGGCGCCACAGCGCAAAAAUGCACCGGAGCGCCUCAACGAGCUCGGCCUGCCUGACGACGUGGAGGACAUCGCUCCGCCUCCCGCCCUGUCCAGCUCAGUCGAGUGGUCCACCUCCAUUGAGAGGUCCUCCAGCGCAAGGUGCAGCGGACGCCAGUCCAGUGAUGAUGAGGAUGAUGACGACGAUGAUGAAGAAGAUGUCUUUGGUGCCUCUUUUUUGCCAUCAAAUAAUGACUCGAGGAGUGACAUCAUUUUUGAUAAUGGAGAUGAAAGCAUGGACGAGAUGUCAAAGGUAGAGCCAAGCAAAAGGCCAGCGUCCGACACAACGGAGAGCACAGAGUCAGAUCGACACCUCAUUACGGCACAUUACCUGUACAUACAAAUGGAAUACUGUGAAAAGAGCACUUUACGAGACACAAUAGAUCAAGGCCUGCAUCAGGAUCAGAAUCGGUUAUGGAGGCUUUUCAGGGAGAUACUGGACGGCCUUGCUUACAUCCACGAGCAGGGCAUGAUUCACAGGGACCUGAAGCCUGUCAACAUCUUCCUCGACUCACAGGAUCACGUGAAAAUUGGCGACUUCGGCCUGGCUACAGAUCAUCCCGCUAACGUGGCUGCUGGGAAAUUUGAGGUGGAGGAGAGCGGCUCUGCGGUGAUGGCCAAACCGGACCCAACAGGUAACAUGACAGGGAUGGUCGGUACUGCCCUGUAUGUCAGUCCGGAGGUUCAGGGAAAUACAAAAGCCACAUACAACCAAAAGGUUGACCUGUUUAGCUUGGGCAUAAUCCUCUUUGAGAUGUCCUACCGGCCGAUGACCACGGGGGCCGAGCGCAUCGCUGUCCUGAGUCAGCUGCGUGGGGAACCCAUCAUCUUCCCAGAGGACUUUACUUUACGUGAGCAAGGAACACAGAAGAGGGUGAUCGAGUGGCUGCUGAAGCACGACCCGGCUCUUCGGCCGACUGCCCUGGAGCUGCUAAAGAGCGAACUUCUGCCUCCUCCCCAGAUGGAGGAGUCGGAGUUGCACGAAGUGCUGCAGCAUACCAUGGCCAAUAUCAACGGCAAAUCCUACCGCACCAUGGUGGCCCAGCUGUUCGCCCAGAACACCUCACCAGUCAUGGAUUACGCUUAUGAUAUAGACCUCUACAAGGGCAGCUUCAGCUUCAACAAUGCCAAAUUGCAGCAGCAUGUGUACGAAAGCAUCACCAGGAUCUUCAAGAAGCACGGUGCCGUGCGUCUCCAGACCCCGCUGUUCCUCCCCAGGAACAGGAAGUUGUACGAUGGCAUUGAGCUGGCCUGCUUCAUGGACCAUAGUGGAAUGCUGGUUACGCUGCCCUAUGACCUUCGCAUCGCGUUUGCAAGAUUCGUCGCUCGCAACAAUGUGACACAUCUGAAACGGUACAGCAUUGAACGAGUUUUUCGGCCCAAGAAGCUGGACCGCGCACACCCGAGGGAGCUCCUCGAGUGCGCCUUUGACAUCAUCACUCCUGUUAGCAACAGCCUGCUCCCUGAGGCCGAGAUCAUUUACACCAUCUCUGAAAUAAUCCAGGAGUUCCCCGUGCUGCAGGAAAGGAACUACAACAUCUACCUAAACCACACCAGCUUGUUUAAGGCCGUCCUGCUGCACAGCGGCGUCCCGGAGGACAAACUGAGCCAGGCCUCUAACAUACUGUGUGACCUUAUGAGUGAGAAACUCACCAAACGUGAAGCGGAGGCAAAGUUCUGCAACUUUUCAUUGUCAGCCAACUGUUUGCAGACUCUGUACAAGUACAUAGAACAGAAGGGGAAUCUGCAGGACCUGGUGCCGCUGCUGUCAUCACUUACCAAGCAAAAAACUGCCGUUACCCAGCUGGCCAAGCAGGGUCUCAAGGACCUGGAGGAGCUCACUGUGCUUCUGCCCAAACUUGGAGUUAAACUGAUGGUGGUGAUCAACUUAGGCUUAGUGUACAAAGUGCAACACCACUCAGGAGUCAUCUUCCAGUUUGUGGCUUUCAUCAGGAAGCGCAGACGAACCGUACCAGAUAUUCUGGCAGCCGGAGGACGCUACGACCACUUGAUCCUGGAGUUUCGUGGACCGGUUUCCACAGGACCCGUCCCCAGCGCAGUGGGGGCCAGUGUCGCCGUGGACAAAGUCUGCGCUGCUAUAGUCAGCAUGGAGGAGCCGCCAACAGUGAGCUCCUAUGAUGUGCUGGUGGUCCCUGUGGGCCAUUCUUCGAUGUCCAAAGCCAUCAGGGUUGUUCAGAAAUUGUGGAGCACCGGCAUCGCUGCAGACAUCAACUACGAUGUUUCACAGUCUCAGGACACACUGCUGGAACACUGCAAGCUAGGCGGCAUCACAUGCAUGGCCCUCGUCUCUGACAAAGAGGGAUCCUAUGUGAAGGUAAAAUGCUUUGAGAAAGACAGACAGUUGGAGAAACGGAUUCUUGAGUCUGACUUGGUGGAUCACGUCAUUCAGAAAUGUCGGUACAAAUUCCUCGAUGAGAGAAACAUCAGCAGAGAAAUCUCUGAAAGCACGACUCUACAGAACCCCAAAGGAUCACUGCUCACCAGCACAGGGUCUUCAGAGCAGCAUGGAAGCAGCACCUCCAUAAACAUGAAUGUGAGCCUCAUCAGCCCGGAGAAAGUUUCUGCCAGCGCCAGACGGCGCUACGAGACUCAGAUCCAAACCAGAUUACAGAACCUGGGUAGCAAUUUGCAGAACAAGAGCAAUGACAUUGAGGUUCUUGCUGUGGACCUUCCGAAGGAAACGCUGAUCAACUUCCUGUCUCUGGAGUUUGAUAGCGAAGAGCAGUUCAACAACAGCGUGAAGACGUUGCUGUCUCGUCUGCCCAAGCAGCGCUACCUGAAGGCCAUCUGUGAUGAGAUCCACCACUUCAAGAUUACAAAAAGGGUGGCUAUGAUGAUCUUGUACAGCUAUAAAGACGACUACUACAAGAUUCUUCUGUGAAAGCCAAGGGAUUGCACUUGGCUGGGAGAUAUUCCACUUUGCUUCAGGCAGCAGACUCCCAGAGACAGUUUUUAUCCUUGGACCAACAAAAUCUGCUUAGAACAUUGACGCUUUCCAUUUGGAAGGUGUGAGUCCCAAAGAUACAAAUGAACUUCAUUACUGUGGUGAAUGGUAAACCAGCUAUCUGAUCCAAUCUCUCCCAACGUUCCCAAAACCCUUCAGUGUUUCGUGGUCCUCAACAACGGUUGACAAGAGGUUCACUGGACUUUAUUGCCUUAAUAGAACUAUAGAAUUUAAGAGAAAGGGCUUUUUACUGAAUGUGUCGUGAGUACAGAUACAUUUCUUCUUAGGUACAGGAUGCAAAGUGUGAAUAAAUAUUUUUCCCCACA